ACCCGGGGCCGGCCCCUCUCGGGGAGUGGAGCUCGCGCGACCCUCGUCCCCUGCCCACGCGCAACUGCUGCAACGGCCUUCCUCGGCCCGGCCGUGCAGGGUGCGGAUGUAGGCUCCACGGCUGCGGGCCGACGCUCGGGAGCGGCCACUCCGAGCGAGCCCGCCUGGGAGCGCCGGACCUGGGGAAAUAAAAGCCGGGCCCUCGGUCGGGACUCCGCGGGCCCCGGAGCCGGGCGCGCGCGGGAGCGCCCCGCCCCCUCGCCCGUGACGCCAUCAGGAGGCGACGGCAGCGAUGCUGGAGGCGCUGCUGGCUGGCGGCGGCCUGGCGCUCCUCCGAGACUCCGUGGAGUGGGAGGGCCGCAGUCUCCUGAAAGCUCUUGUCAAGAAAGCUGCGCUCGGUGGGGACCGAGUCCACGUUCUUGGCUGUGAAGUGAGUGAGGAAGAGUUCCGCGAGGGUUUGGGUUCCGAUGCCAACAGCCGCCUGCUUUACCAUGACCUCUUCAGAGAUCCUCUUAACUGGUCAGAACCUGGGGACGUUGUCUCUGAAGGACCACUGGGAGCCUUGAGAGCCUUGUGCAGAAGGACGGACCCUGGCCCUGUCACGGUUGCUCUUGAUUCUCUCAGCUGGUUGCUGUUUCACAUUCCCUGUGUUACCCUCUGCCAAACUCUACAUGCUCUGAGCCAGCGAAGUGUCCGCCCAGGUGAUAACGCCCUGGUGGAGCGGGUACGUGUCCUGGGCCUGCUGCAUGGAGAGCUCCAUGGGCCUGGCCCCCUGGGGGCACUGAGCACCCUCGCUCACACAGAGGUGACUCUGAGUGGUAAAGCAGGCCGGACUUCUGCCUCCAUCCUCUACCGAAGGCCUCAGCAGCGUGCAACUUACCAGUCAUGGUGGUUCUCCAUUCUUCCUGACUUCAGCCUGGAUCUCCACGAGAGCCUUCCCCUCCAUUCUGAGCUACGCCCAGAUCCUCACACAACCCAGGUGGAUCCCAGGACUCAUUUGACCUUUAACCUUCGCUUAUCAAAGAAAGAAAGAGAAGCCAGAGACAGCCUCACUCUGCCUUUCCAGUUCAGCUCUGAAAAACAGCAAGCUCUGCUGCACCCUGUGCCGGGCCGGACAUCUGGCCACAUCUUCUAUGAGCUGGAUGCUUUUGAUGAUGUGGACCAGGAAGACCCAGAUGAUGACCUAGACAUCUGACAAAUGGGAGGGGAGGCUGAGGCUCGGAACUGGCCUGCCGUCUGCGCUCUGCUGCGUCCCCACCCUGCCUUCGCUGCUCUGUCUGUGGAGGCCCUGUGUGUGAGCCAGGGAGCAGCAUGCAGUGAGGGCAGAAGUGUGGUGAGCUGUGCUGUGGAGCAAGAUGAGGAGUCCUUCCCGGCCCGUUUUUAAUAAAAUGUAAUGUGUGUGUUAACUGAAAAA